GCGGUCACACUAAUCUGGAGCUGCGCGGAGCCGUGGUCCAGAGCGUAAAAACCUCUGGAGCCAGUAGACCAAUCGGCCGGCGAGACAAACCGCUCUGCCGCGUUAUCAGUCAUUGGUCUCUAAUCAGCCGACUCAGUUCAUCAUUACAAUGCUCGCCGUCAAAGACGUUGUGCUUCUUGCUAAAAGAUGGUACAAUGCUCAAAUCGUUGCGGACGUGGACUAAAGGAGCUUCUCCACUCAUCAAAGGACUUUAAAGUUUGAACACAUAAUGCCAUAUUAUACAAGGUUCUUGUUUGUACUCUUCUGCUUGAUCCUUGUCGGAGAGUGCCGGAAACAUAAAAGUAGGAAAAGGCGGUGGUCUGGAACUGUGGAAUCUCAAAAACAUGGCACUCCCCUCAAAAAGUUGGUCGAUGGAACUAAAACUCGUAAGGUGAAGACAGACCACCUGCUACGUGUGGAUGAUCAUGAUUUCACCAUGAGACCAGCAUUUGCAGGCCCGGCUGUUCCGGUAGGUGUCGAUGUGCAGGUGGAGAGUUUGGACAGUAUAUCAGAGGUUGACAUGGACUUCACCAUGACCCUGUAUCUGAGACACUACUGGAAGGAUGAGCGCCUGUCUUUCCCCAGCUCCACCAAUAAGAGCAUGACAUUCGACGGGCGCUUGGUGAAGAAGAUCUGGGUGCCUGAUGUGUUUUUCGUCCACUCCAAGAGGUCUUUCAUCCAUGACACCACCACUGAGAACAUCAUGCUGAGGGUUUUCCCUGACGGACAUGUUCUCUACAGCCUGAGGGUCACAGUGACUGCAGCCUGUAACAUGGACUUCAGUCGUUUUCCACUGGACUCCCAAACCUGUACUUUGGAGCUGGAAAGUUACGCUUACACGGAUGAGGACCUCAUGCUGUACUGGAAAAGCGGGGAUGAGUCCCUAAGCACGGACGACAGAAUCUCCCUCUCCCAGUUCCUCAUCCAGAAGUUUCACACUUCCUCUAGACUGGCUUUCUACAGCAGCACAGGCUGGUACAACCGUCUGUACAUCAACUUCACCCUGCGGCGCCACAUCUUCUUCUUCCUGCUCCAGACCUACUUUCCUGCCACCCUGAUGGUCAUGCUGUCCUGGGUGUCUUUCUGGAUCGAUAGACGGGCUGUACCUGCCAGAGUCUCAUUAGGUAUCACCACGGUGCUCACCAUGUCCACCAUCAUCACUGGAGUGAACGCGUCCAUGCCCAGAGUCUCCUACAUCAAAGCUGUGGACAUUUACCUCUGGGUCAGUUUUGUGUUUGUGUUCCUGUCGGUGUUGGAAUACGCCGCCGUGAACUACCUGACGACGGUGAGAGACGGGAAAGAUCGGAAGCUCAGGGAGAAGGCAAGAGAGCAGGCCCUGCCAUGUACCUGUGGCAUGUCCCACACCAGGACCAUGAUGCUGGAUGGGACCUACAGUGAGGCAGACACCAACAGCCUGGCAGGCUACACCCGGGCUCCCAUGGUGCCCGAGGACCCUCCAGAGAAGCAGGAGCGCAUGGUCGUCCACCUCUCCCUGGACAGCGAGUCCACAGGAACCAAGAAGAAGAGAAGAGGUUUCCGGAUCAUCCAGAACACUCACGCUAUAGACACAUACUCGCGCAUGAUCUUCCCUGGCGCCUACAUUAUCUUUAACUUAAUCUACUGGUCUGUGUACUGCUGAGAUCCCGUCUCAUCCAGAUAAACUACUGUUUUUGUUUGUUUUUAUGAACCCUGAGCUGAGCAGUCGGGGCUCUUGUACAGGAGGGGUUUUGAACACCAGCUUUCUGUACGGCAUAUUUUCAUACUCUGUGUCCCCACUGUACCACAUGACAUGCAGGUCCAUGCAACAGACUCUUUUAAUAUAAUCGUAAUUUUCUCUCCUAUAUUUUAUCAUAGUGAUACUGUCAAACCGGAAAGUAUGUGUCUACAUUGCAGACACUUUGUAAAUGUAAAUGUUGGAGCGGACUAUUUUAGAGUAAUUAAAGGCAUCCUUUAACAUGAGAAUCGGAUGAUUGCUAUAUUGAGCAUGUGGAUUGACCAUGUGGAUUGGAAGGAGAGUAUAAAUAUUCAUGGAAUACAAGGGUAGUUUGCUGUAAUAAUGUAUUGAACAGUGUUUCUAUUUGUUAUAAUCUAUCUGCUCUAGCAACCCACUCACAAAUGUGAAAUUACAUUAUGCACUAGGACAGUGCAUAAUGUAUAUACAAAAAAAUUUGCAGCAAAGGACUUGCAGCAGAACAAAAUUGUCUAACAUUUUCAAGAAUUAAUUUGUUUUUAUCUCAUAUUUAUUUAUAUAUAUUUAUUACUUUUAGUGCACUGAUAGAUAUGCCAUUUUACCUUAAGUUGGAAAGAGGAUGAAACCUGAUGGAACAUGUUUACUGUGACAGUUACUUGUCUGAAAAGAUGUGAUAAUCUAUUGGUAACAUCAUAAUGGCGGCAUUACCAAUGUGAAGUUUAUUGUGAUCUGAUGUUUUUUGGGACAGAUUGUGAUGCUGAGAAAGGGUUUUAAAGUCAUAAUAAAGCUUUAUCAGUAAUCUAACAAAUGUGAACAGCCUUAAAGUCAUCUGUGGUUUUAUACAGCCUAUGAGGGUGUAUAUUUUUAGUUUGUUGAUUUCUUGGAUUAUCUGACUGCUUAUUCUUUUGUAGUAUUUCUCGAUACAUCGUUCCAUUCAGACAGUAUUAGUGCAAAUUAUAAAUAAUGUAGUAGUUAGCCUCAAGCAUGUUCUGGAUUGAGCAGGUGAUGUCACUCUUUAGAAUGUGCAACGUUACUUCGUCACUGUUGCUGUGGUCUGCUCAUGUAAGCGUGUGGAAAUCAACUUAGUCAAACCACCUCAGAAAGACAUGCUAGCUGUACCAGCUUCCGAACCAACACAGACCAUUGUUGUUUCUUUACAAAAUGUUCAGAAUGUAUGCUUCUGAAGCAGAUUUUCAAAAUAAAAGCUUUUUUUAAAGCAUGUACUGUAUAAAUGUGUUUGAGAGUGAUUU